AGCCCUCCACCCCAAAUCCCUGCGUCCGCCACGGCCCAGGUUAAAUGGAAACCAUCCUUGGGAGCUGGAUGCCUGUGUAGCCGUUUUAUCACAUCAGUGAAUUGCAAUGAGUGGAGGGGGAGAGCAACCGGAUAUUCUCAGUGUUGGAAUCCUGGUCAAAGAAAGAUGGAAAGUGUUGAGGAAGAUUGGGGGUGGGGGCUUUGGAGAAAUUUACGAUGCCUUGGACAUGCUUACCAGGGAAAAUGUUGCACUGAAGGUAGAAUCAGCUCAACAACCAAAACAAGUUCUGAAAAUGGAGGUGGCUGUUUUGAAAAAACUACAAGGGAAAGACCACGUUUGUAGAUUUAUUGGCUGUGGGAGGAAUGAUCGAUUCAACUAUGUGGUCAUGCAGUUGCAGGGUCGGAAUCUGGCAGAUCUACGCCGUAGCCAGUCCCGGGGCACAUUCACCAUUAGCACUACUCUUCGGUUGGGUAGACAGAUUCUCGAGUCUAUUGAGAGCAUCCAUUCUGUGGGAUUCUUGCACCGAGACAUCAAACCGUCAAACUUCGCCAUGGGUCGCUUUCCUAGUACAUGUAGGAAAUGUUACAUGCUUGAUUUUGGCUUGGCUCGACAAUUUACCAAUUCCUGUGGUGACGUCAGACCACCUCGAACUGUGGCAGGCUUUCGAGGGACAGUUCGUUAUGCAUCAAUCAACGCUCAUCGAAACAGGGAAAUGGGAAGACAUGAUGACCUUUGGUCCUUAUUCUACAUGUUGGUGGAGUUUGUGGUUGGUCAGCUGCCUUGGAGAAAAAUAAAGGACAAGGAGCAAGUAGGUUCUAUUAAGGAGAGGUAUGACCACAGGCUUAUGUUGAAACAUCUCCCUCCAGAAUUCAGCAUCUUUUUGGAUCACAUCUCCUCUUUGGAUUAUUUUACAAAACCAGACUACCAGCUUCUGACAUCCGUGUUUGACAACAGCAUCAAGACCUUUGGAGUAAUUGAGAGUGAUCCUUUUGACUGGGAGAAGACUGGAACAGAUGGUUCCCUGACCACCACCACUACUUCUACCACCCCUCAGCUGCACACCCGCCUGACCCCCGCGGCCAUCGGAAUUGCCAAUGCCACUCCCAUCCCAGGAGACUUGCUUCGGGAAAAUACAGAUGAGGUGUUUCCAGAUGAACAGCUUAGUGAUGGGGAGAAUGGCAUCCCUGUUGGUGUGUCACCAGAUAAAUUGCCGGGAUCUUUGGGACACCCACGUCCCCAGGAGAAGGAUGUCUGGGAAGAGAUGGAUGCCAACAGGAACAAGAUAAAGCUUGGGAUUUGUAAGGCUGCUACCGAGGAAGAGAAUAGCCACGGUCAAGUAAACGGUAUUCUGAAUGCUCCAAGCCUUGGUUCCCCAAUUCGUGUCCGCUCCGAGAUUACUCAGCCAGACAGAGAUGUUCCAUUGGUGCGGAAGUUACGCUCCAUCCACAGCUUUGAGCUGGAAAAACGUCUGACACUGGAGUCAAAGCCAGAUACGGACAAGUUUCUUGAGACCUGCCUGGAGAAAAUGCAGAAAGAUUCCAGUGCAGGCAAGGAAUCUGUUCUCCCUUCUCUGCUUCAUAAGCCUUGUGUUCCCGCCGUGUCCCGUACUGACCACAUCUGGCACUAUGAUGAGGAAUAUCUUCCAGAUGCUUCAAAGCCUGCCUCUGCCAACACCCCUGAACAGGCAGAUGGCGGUGCCAGCAAUGGAUUUAUAGCAGUUAACUUGAGCUCCUGCAAGCAGGAGGUUGAUUCCAAAGAAUGGGUGAUUGUGGACAAGGAGCAGGACCUUCGGGAUUUUAGGACAAAUGAGGCUUUAGGUCAUAAAACAACUGGAAGCCCUUCUGAUGAGGAGCCUGAAGUCCUUCAAGUCCUAGAGGAAUCACCUCAAGAUGAGAAGCUCCUGCUGGGUCCUUGGGCAGAAAGCAAUCACUUACAGAAAGAACCCUCAGGUGUGGUCUUAGCACUUUCUGGGGAAUGCCCUGCCACCGCUGCCUCGGAACAGUAUAUGGAUCGGCUGGAACUCCAGGCGGGGACUGCCGGCCAGUUUGCUGCAGUGACACCCACGAGUCCCAUGGAGGCGCAAGCAGAAGGACCCCUCACAGCGAUUACAAUUCCUAGACCCUCUGUGGCAUCCACACAGUCAACUUCAGGAAGCUUUCACUAUGGUCAACAGCAAGAGAAGAAGGACCUUCAGCCUGUGGAACCCACUGUGGAACUUUACUCUCCAAAGGAGAACUUCUCUGGCCUGGUUGUAACAGAAGGUGAACCUCCUAGUGGAGGAAGCAGAACAGACUUGGGGCUGCAGAUAGAUCAUACUGGUCAUGACUUGUUAUCCAAUAUUAGAGAGUGUAACAAAUCUCAAGAUCUAGGACCAAAAGACCAUCCUGACCAUAACAGACUGGCUUUGAGAGAACUUGAGAGUCUCCCUAGGGAAACUGAAGAGAAAAGCAAUCUUCUAGGGUCAGAUAAUGAAGAUGAGAAGUUAAGUAAAGGGCAGCAUUAUAUUGAGAUCGCCUCCCUUCCAGGAGACUUGGUAACUGUGGAAAGAGAUCACUCAGCUACCACUGAGCCUCUUGAUGUGGCAAAGACACACACUUUUAGUGUAGUGCCAAAUCAAGACAAAAAUCAUGAGAUAAUGAAGCUUCUGGAGGUUGAAACUUCAGAAGUUUCUUCACAAGUCAUUGACCCACAUAUUGAAGGACAGAUAGGUCAGGUGGCAGCAAUGCAAAAAGGUAAGCCAUCUAAGGAUGAUGACGUCAGGAGUGCAGACUUGCCAGGUCAGCAGGGAGACCUGUCUACAUUUUUGCACCAAGAGGGUAAGAGAGAGAAAAUGGCCCCUAGAAAUGGGGAAUUAUUUCAUUGUGUUUCCGAGAGCGAACAUUGUCCCCCAUCCCGGAAGGACGUGAUCAGGUCAUCCUUUGUAACUAGACACAGCCGAAUCCCUGUUUUAGCCCAAGAGAUAGACUCAACUUUUGAAUCAUCCUCUCCAGUCUCCGCAAAAGAAAAGCUCCUCCAAAAGAAAGCUUAUCAGCCAGACCUCGUCAGGCUUCUGGUGGAAAAAAGGCAACUCAAGUCUUUCCUUGGGGAUCUCUCAAGUGCCUCUGAUAAAUUGCUGGAGGAGAGACUAGCUACUGUUCCCGCCCCCUUUUCUGAGGAGGAGGUCUUUGCUCCCUUUUCAAGACUGGCUAUAGACUCGCACCUGAGCAGAUCAGCCGAAGACAGCUUUCUGUCACCCAUCAUCUCCCAGUCCAGAAAGAGCAAAAUCCCAAGGCCCGUUUCAUGGGUCAACACAGAUCAAGUCAGUAGCGCAACUUCAGCUCAGUUCUUGCCUCGGCCACCACCAGGAAAGCCUCCCACGAGGCCUGGAGUGGAAGCCAGGCUCCGCAGAUAUAAAGUCCUAGGGAGUAGCAAUUCUGACUCAGACCUGUUCUCCCGCCUGGCCCAAAUUCUUCAAAAUGGAUCUCAGAAGCCCCGGGGCACUCCUCAGUGCAAGAGUCCAGGAUCACCCCACAAUCCAAAAACACCACCCAAGAGUCCAGUUGUCCCCCGCAGAAGUCCCAGUGCCUCUCCUCGAAGCUCUUCCUUGCCUCGCACAUCCAGCUCCUCACCAUCCAGGGCUGCCCGGCCCCACCAUGACCAGAGGAGUUCGUCCCCGCAUCUGGGGAGAAGCAAGUCCCCUCCCAGCCACUCAGGAUCUUCCUCCUCCAGGAGGUCCUGCCAACAGGAGCACUGCAAACCCAGUAAGAAUGGCCUGAAAGGAUCCAGCAGCCUCCACCACCACUCGGCCAGCACUAAAGCCCCCCCCGGGAAGAGUAAGUCAGCCACUAAACUCAGCAGGUAGAAGCCGGGCUGUAUCUCUGUGAAAGGUGUGAGAUCUUCCUCCUCAGCCUGAUGCAUGUGUGUCCCUGUACUGUCUAUUUAAACAAUCAGUGUUGAUCUUCUCUUGCAAAAGAAAGUAACAUGAUAAAUUAUUUAUAAGAAGACGUAAAUUUAGGAUAAGGAAUUACCUAAGGCAGGCAGCAAGCAGACCAGGAAUCAACGCCUUUGCAUAGGAAGGGGCAGUCCAGCAAAAUCCAAGGGGGAGAUGAAAGGAACUCUCAGUUUUCAGCUGCCUUUGAAACAAAAGAGUUGAAGGUAGGAAAUGGAAUGGAAUUUUAAGGGGUUCGGCCUGUUUUUUUUAAAGGCAUUGCUCAAAGAUUAUAUAGCAAAAGUGA